AUGGUUCACGCGUUGCGAGGGAUUAACCAACUGAGAACUGCACCGAGACAUCCCGAAUUCUACGGCGGCUCAUCGGUCAAUGUGAUGAUCGAGGCUGUCCAGACGUCUGAGGCCGAUGCAAACGAAAAUCAGGACCCAGGAAACGGCGCACCAGACAUAUACUCUCCCGAAAAUAGGGCUCAGUUAUGGUUAGGCGGUGGCUCGACUUUGUCCUUCGGCAAAGCUUCCGGGGCGCUUCUACCGCCCGAGUCGGUCGCGAACGAAUAUGUACAUCGAUACUUCCAGACUGCUCACCGCAUUUUCCCAAUUCUCAAUCGAAAGCUGCUUGUCGACUCCUGCGCAGAUUACUGGAACGGCCUGCCCACGGAGGGUAAGGGAUACGAGUACUGGACUGCGGUCAUGUAUAUGGCGAUCGCUCUUGGGCAUCAAUAUAGUCUGAUUGAUCCGGAUGAAGACGUGCGGAAAAGGGCAUUAGCUUCACCGCAACAUGGAGAGGCAUGUUUUCAACUUGCCAAGUCGACUCUGAGCGACGUGCCAUUCAUGGGAGGCGAUAUAUCUGCUGUCAACAGUCUGUUGCUCGCAUUUCUCUGGCUGAGCAAUGAGCACCGGCUUCAUGAAGCGUAUACGGUGCUGGGUGUCGCAUCACGUAUUGGCUAUGGCAUUGGCCUUCACAGAGAUUUGAGAUUCGACCCCAAGCAAACAGAGCAAACACCCCAUAUUAUCGGAUGGUGCUCAACUUUCUGGUGCUUAUUUACGUACGAAAGAGAAAUGGUGGCAUUUCUAGGUCGCCCCUGUGCCGUCGAGGUUGGAGAGGUUGAUAUCAAGUCUUUCAACUUGGAGACAUCCCCGGUCGACCUGCAGUACGUGGAACGAAUGCGUCAAUUUGCUUACGUGACUUGGGAUGCCUACAACCAUGUCUACUCUCUUUCUUUCAAACACGCAAGCGUCGCUGACCGCGGGGAUGCACUUCGGAGGGCGGAUAGGGCAUAUGAAAUUUGGUUCAACAGUUGGUUCCAUGACUGCACAUGGGCGAAAGAGCCACAUGGCCUAGUUGCGAGGCUCCGAUUCCUUCACAUGCGGCUGCUAUUAUAUCGGGUUUUCCUCAAUCUAUUGGUUCAAAAGAGCAGAAGGAAAGAGGCGGUAGCGGAGGAAUUACAGGAGCUCGCAACAACCUGCAUUCACGUCGCCGCCGACAUUGUUAGCCUUACCGUUCGGUCGGUCUACGUAGGAGUCCGGACCAGUGGAACCCUGCAAGGCGCCCUUUUUCAUGCCAUGGCAUACCUGUGGAAUGCACUGGUAACUCUCCUUCUCUACGCAAGCUCUCGUUCUGCACAACAACGACUUGGACCAAAACUGAAACCCCCAAUAAAUAUCAUCCAGGAGAUAAAGAGUGCAAUGGAGGUCUUUGACUCUUAUAAGGAAGCCGUCGCAUUCGCCCGGACAGCCUCGCAGAAGAUCACUGCGCUCUUGGAGAAAAUCGAACAAAAUGAGACCAAGACUUCCACAACUGCUUCGGGGCAGCGAGUAGCACCACCUUCCACAUCACCAGCAUCACUAUUGGAUUGGACUAUUGGACCAGAGGUGGACUUCCCAAAUUUCGACGCGUCCUUCAAUGACUUCCAGACUUUCUUCAACAUGGACUUGGACACGCCACUUUCUCAAAGCCAAAAUCCGGACGAAGGACAAGUGCUGUGA